AUGUUUCCGACCGCACCAAAUCUGCUCACGCUCAUCGUCAAUCUCGACCAGCAGGUAUUCUCGACUGGCCCCUCCUGCGGCGCUGUGGGGCCCUCCGACAAGCUUCCCCGGAUUCUGCCCCAGACGGCAAACAGCUGGUUGCAGGCUGACGGCGCUAAGGCAGAGCGCCGACCCACUGUAGUGCAGCGACUUACUGAGCUGCGCGCUGGAAUAGGUACAGCAAGUCACCAGGCCCUCCCGCCCCAGUGCUCCGAGUCAGAGUCACGCGAUCUGGUUGCGCCAGCAUGGAACACGCUGUCUCUGCACCUCCGGCACCUGGGAGCUUAG